GUCGCAGGUCCUUCCUCGGCUGAGAAGGGAGCAGUGUAAGCUGCUGUUCCUCUGCUCCCCACGCAGCUCCUAGCUCCAAGCCCCUGAGGAUGGAACAUGCUUCCCCUCACCCCUUAACUUGGGGCGGGGCAGGAGAGUCCCCACGCCAGCCUCGAGACCCGCGUCUGGGAGAGGCUGAUAAGGAGCCGGGGGCGGAGGCAGCCGGAGAGGCCUGCGUUUCUAUAGCGCCUCAUUCACCGGCACUCCGGAGCUUGAGGGAGUUUCGGGCAGAAGCCACGGAUACAAGGCACCCGAGGAGACUUCUGCCGAGGCCCUGCAGGGUGCUGGUGCUACUGAAUCCCCGGGGAGGAACCGGCAAGGCUCUGCACCUCUUCCAGAACAGAGUGCAGCCCAUGCUGCAGGAAGCUGGCAUCUCCUUCCAGUUGCGACAGACUGAGUGGCGAAACCACGCGAGGGAGCUGGUGCGGACUGAGGACCUUUCCUCCUGGGAUGCCUUGGUGGUGAUGUCUGGAGAUGGGCUGAUGCACGAGGUGGUGAACGGCCUCAUGGAACGACCUGACUGGGAAACAGCGAUUCGGAAGCCUCUCUGUAGCCUUCCAGCAGGCUCUGGCAAUGCUUUAGCUGCAUCUGUAAACCAUUAUGCAGGCAAUGAACAGGUGACCAACGAAGACCUCUUGACCAACUGUACGCUGUUGUUGUGCCACGGGGGGCUUUCUCCCAUGAACCUGCUUUCCCUACACACAGCCUCAGGCAGCCGCCUUUUCUCCGUGCUCAGCCUGGGCUGGGGCUUCGUUGCGGACGUGGAUGUGGAGAGUGAAAAGUACAGGUGCCUAGGAAAAAUUCGAUUCACCCUGGGCACAUUCCUCCGCCUGGCUGCCCUGCGCACCUAUCAUGGCACAUUAUCCUAUCUCCCAGCUGGAGCACCUUCUUCCAAAAUCUCUGCUGGAUCUCCCUUGGGCCUUCACCAACCAGGCCCUGUAGAUUCACUCCUAGUGCCUCUGGAGCAGCCGGUGCCAGAAAACUGGACGGUGGUGCCUGACCGCGAAUUUGUCUUGGUGCUGGCUCUCCUGCAUUCCCACUUGGGGAGUGAGAUGUAUGCUGCACCAAUGGCUAAGGGAACUGGAGGGGUUGUACAUCUGUUCUACAUUCGAGCUGGUGUGCCCCGGGCUAUGUUGCUUCGCCUUUUCAUGGCCAUGGAAAAGGGCACCCACAUGGAUCUGAACUGCCCUAAUCUGGUGUAUGUGCCGGUAGUAGCCUUCCGCCUAGAACCUCAUGACGCCAGGGGCACGCUUACAGUGGAUGGUGAGCAGCUGGCCAGUGAAGCUGUCCAAGGCCAGGUGCACCCUGGCCGCUUUCAGUUGGUUAGUGGCUGUCCAGAACUAAAGCCUUGUCCAGAGCCAAUUCCUCUACCCUGUUCAGAAAACUCUGCUUCAUCAGAGUUCACUUCUUAAAUAGGGCCCUAAACAAGGCGUGUGGCUGCCAUUGGACUUGCAAUGGUGGGUCUUAGUCUGCUUUGCAAACAGGGAGUGCCUUACCCCUAAGUGAAAAGGAAAUCCCUCCACAGAGUAGGUAGUUCCAGAACUUCAAAAUUUGGCAAAUCAGCUCUGUUAGAUGUCCAAGAUUUCCUCACUUCAGGACCAGAGUUAGUUGAACUCUAUCAGCCAGAGGUAGCAUACCAAACGAGUGAUAUAAAUAAAGUGACUUUUUCAGGUUGCCCAGUCCCAUCUCUGGGGGAUAAGGAAAAAGUGGGACCUUGGCCCUAGGAAAAAUGAUAUUUACAUGGUGCUUUACAAUGACAAAGUGCUUAAAAUCCAGGUUCAUUUGAGCUAUUCUGCUUGCAAAUGAGGAAAAAAACAAACUUGAGUUUGCUAUUUGCCCAAGGUCAAUGAUAAAACUUGAAACAUGAACUUUUAAGUUCAGUGCCGUAGAACACAGGUGUCAAAACUUGGUUGGCAAAACUCGAGUGUAGCCCAAACCACAAAAUGCAAUUGGGAGCUUUUUAACAAAAUUAAAAAAAAAUUACAUUAGCAUGAGGUUUUCAAAGUCAAUAUGCCACCCAAAGGGAUCCUGAUGUACAGUUUAGUGGUCUCUGUUUCUAUAGGAGUUCAACACUAUUGCUCUAGAAAGAUGCAGGGUAGAGGAAACAGCAUUUUUACUGAUAACCAGAGAAGGUGUAAGCUUGUUGGGGAUUCCAGCUCUAUCAGUCAGGUAAUCAUCAAAGAAUUUGGUUGAAGCGUUAACAAUAAGCUUUCUUAAAAGUCCCUACAAUGUGCCAGACAGUGGAGAUAUAAAUAGAAAAGUCUCUGCCGCCCUUAAAGUGUUUAUACUCUAUCUGGGCCAAAAUUUUGGGUGAAAAGGUGGGAAUUGUAUCUUUCUUAGCUACAGCUGUAGGGAAAAUUGAGGCAAAGGAGAAAAAAUGGGCAAACUUGAUCAACAGCACCUCCCCCCCAAGUCAGGUAGUUUUUUUCGUUCUUGCCAACAAAACCUAGCUCUCUCCAACCUGUGACUAGCUCUUUUGACAGAGAUCAUCCUCCCCUACUCCCACCUCACUUCUUUCCUACUGAACAAACUAGACAAGACUCAUUGAAGGAGGUAUAAGCUGUAGGAAUGGUAGAAGCAGUGUGUCAACAGACACCCAACCACCCCCCACCACUUCUUCCUAUUUGGGAUCUUUUUCCUGGACUGAAGUAAAAAAGAGAAAUACCUGCCUAGAGCCCUAUUGUGUUAUGCCAGCAAUUUCAGCCUCAUAAAGAGGUACUAAACUUCUAAA